AUAAAAUUAUAUUGAUAAUCAAAUCAAAUGAAGUCGAUUAUAUUUAGUUUAAUUUUAUUUUUAUUAUUUGUAAAUUUAAAUAAAGCCAAUGAUAAUAGUAGUUGUACAGUUUAUAUAAAUAUUCAAUCACCCAAUACCAAACAACCAUGCGGUGAAACUAUAGAAACUGCUUGCCAAGAAUUUUUAACUGCAGUUCAGUCAUGUAAUACAACAGCAUUUAAUACAACAACCUAUUAUUUUUCACCAGCUACAUAUUCAUUCGAGGGUAUCGAUCCAUUUGGUUCAAUUGUAAAUAAAACUAUCAAUAUUAUUAAUCAAGAGUACUCUGUUGAUAAAGACACAUCAUAUACAUCAGUAAUAUUUGAUUUAAAGGGUGCAACCAAUUCAUUUUUCAAUGUACAGCACAAUUUAAUUAGUGAUAUUUCAAAUAUUAAUAUAACUGGUAUUACAUUCAUCAAUGGUUAUCAAGAGAGCCAAGCAUCCGUUUUUGUAAAUCAUGGCACAUAUGGCACUUACUCUUUCGAAAGUUGUGUAUUUGAAAAUAAUACAAUGAAAUCAGGCACCAAUGUUUCAAAUGGAGGAUCUUUUUCAGUUUUACAAUCAAGUUUAAACGAUGUCGUUCUUCAAGCUUCAACAUUAAAUAUAAAUAAAUGUACAUUCCAAAACACCUCCAAUAUGGGUGUUACUGGUGGAUUGUUUUAUAUUGACAAUAACGUUAGAGUUGUCUUAAAUAUCGAGGAAAGUUCAUUCACAAACAUCAAUGGUGACUAUGGUUCAAUUCUUUACAAUGGAAACAAACUUUUAUCUUCAACUAUUUCAAUUUCAAACACAGUAAUUAGUAAAUGUAUAGCUACCAAUUCGACGAUCUAUUUAGUAGGUUCAACACAGGUAUAUAAUGUUACUUUUUCAGAUAACACUGGUGGGGGUGUUGGCUUCCAAUUUACAUCUUCAAGUGCCGUUUCAACUUUAUUCUCAUACUGCAACUUUAUUGAUAACGUAAAUAUAACACCUAUAUAUUCCUUCAAGUCUGGUUUGGGUGUUUCACUUUAUAAAUGUGUUUUUUCAAAUAAUUAUUACAGCCAAACGGUCGAUAGAAACGGUGCUUUAACUCUAUCAGAUUCCACAGCCUCUGUUUCAUAUUGCCAAUUUUAUAAUAACUAUGCAAUUAAUGGUAGUUCAAUUUAUGCAACCAAUUUCCUCUACAACGAUCCUAUUUCAAUUUUUAAUUCAUCAUUUGUAUCCAAUACUGCACAAUAUGGUGGUGUUUUUAUUAGUCAAGGUGCUUUAUUUUUAAAAGAUAAUACUACCUUUGCAAACAACAUAGCUUCAUUUGGUUCAGCUAUAUCCUGUUUUGAUUCAACAAUUGUUUUUAAUCAAACUUCAAUCAUAACAUUUACAAAUAAUACAGACACAAAUGGCGGAAACAAUAGCAAUGGUUUAGGUUGUGGUUCAAAUAGUGGAUGUGUAAUUAAAGGAAAUAUCCCAAAUAAUAUUGAUACUAAAACAUGUGGAGUAGUUCCAGAUAAAAACGAAAAGCCAGGUCUUUCUGCUGGUAAAAAAGCUCUAAUUGCUAUUGCUAUAGUUGCCUUUGUUAUCAUUUUAAUCGUAGCACUAAUAUUCACCCUCAGAAAAAUAAAGCAACGUGGUGCUUAUAAACCAAUUGGUACCUCCAAUCAUUUUUAAAAAGUAUACUCUUUGAAAAUCCAACAAAUAAAUUAUAUUUUUAAUUUUUAAAAUU